AUGAAGCUCAUCCGCAACGUCCUUUGGAUCGCCCUGCUUGCCGCCGGUGGAGCCGAAAGCCAGAGACCAAUCCUCUAUCCUGGAGAUGUGUCCAAGGAAAUCUCUUGGAAAGAACUUACAUGGCACAUCGAGGCCUUCACCCGCUUUGCGAAAGUCGAGGGAAGCCGCUCUUUGGGAACCUUGGCCUUUCUCCUGUCUGCAGAUUACACCGUUCGGGGAAUCAACCACUGUGGGACUUUCGCCAAGCUUGAGAUCCGGAAACACCAUUUUAUCUAUUCAAAUACAAGCAGCAUCUCGCUCAAGGGCCCGGACGGCGACCCUGUGAACGUCACUUCGGUGAAAUACAACACCCGCACGUGGUCUAAAGGCUUCCGCUCAGCCCUCGCCGCAGCCCCGGUCGAUGAAAAGCGCGGAUCCGGCUGCUUCGAGGACCAGUGGAAGGGUAUCAAGUUGAAGGGGAGAAUAGCUCUCAUCAAGGGGGGACAUUGCAAGAUUGCUGACAAAGUUGCGCUGGCCAAGGAGCGUGGAGCCGGAGCCGUCAUCUUGUAUGACCAGCCUCCUCGCUCGGCGCUCAGUUCCGAAACAGCCGGCAAGAUGAUCCCUGUUGCUGUCGUCGACGUCAAAGUGGGCCAGAAGUGGAGCGAGCGGCUCGGGGCUGGUGAGAAGCUCAAGGUCAAGCUGAAGGUGGAAGCGACGAACGAGAAGCUCGAGGCGUUCAACAUGAUCGUCGACACAGCAGUCGGCAGCCCAGACGAUGUCAUAAUGCUUGGCGCUCGCCUUGACAGCACGGCUGGUCCUGGGAUCAACGACAAUGCCUCUGGCAGUUCUGCACUCAUUGAGAUAUUGCGAAGGAUUCACGUCUACAAGGGCCACUCAAGGCGAAUUAGAUUCGCAUUUUGGGGAGGGGAAAUGGGGUCGGCACAGUAUUUGGCUCAACUCAACGAGACAGAGGCCGCCAAGAUCAGGAUUUACAUGGACAUCAACACGAUUGGAACUCACAACCCGACUUGGACGGUGUUUAGCGAUGACGCCAAGGACAGGUUCGCCAGCAAGGUUCUCUUCAACUAUCUCAAGGACACAGGAGGGGUCAACGUCACAUACAGCGAGCCCAAGAACAAUUCCGACUCGGCGCCUUUCCGAAGGCGGGGAAUUCCCUGCACCGGCAUUACCACAGGCGCCGAUAGUUGCCAGAAUUUGGCCUGUGAUACUCUAACGAAUAUCAACAUGGAGGCUAUAUACCUAGCUACACAAGCCGCCACUUUCGGAGCUGCCAGGCUUGCCACCCCGGGACGGACCAAGACGAGCUUGAGCGACUAG